CAGCUGCUGCCAGAGCAGAGCAGGCUUCGAUCCUUCUUCCCUUCUCAUCAGUAUCUUCCUACACCCAUCAUGCUCUCUCGCACCGCCGUCCAAUCACUGCGUGUCGCCGCAUCAAGGAGAGCUACUGCCUCCGCCACCGUCGCAGCUCCGCGCCUCUACGCAGUCGCACGAGCUGCGCCGCAGAGCACCUGGGCUCAUGUCCAGGGAGGUCCCCCUGAUCCGAUCCUGGGUGUCACCGAGGCCUUCAAGAAGGACACAGACUCCAGGAAGAUCAACCUCGGCGUGGGCGCUUACCGUGAUGAGAAUGGCAAGCCUUACGUGCUGCCUUCGGUCCGAAAGGCCGAGGAGCAAGUCCUUGCCCAAAAGUAUGACAAGGAGUACCUGCCCAUCACUGGCUUCCCCGACUUUGUCAAGAACGCCGUCGUCCUUGCAUACGGCAAGGACUCGAAGCCCAUCAAGGAGGGUCGCGUUGCCGCCACGCAAUCUAUUUCGGGCACUGGAGCUCUGAGGAUCGGUGGAGCCUUCCUCGCUCGUCACUACCCUCACUCCAAGACCAUCUACCUGCCCACUCCAUCGUGGGGAAACCACACGCCCACAUUCAAGGACUCUGGGCUCGAGGUCAAGCAGUACCGCUACUAUGACAAGGAGACUGUCGGUCUCGACUUCAAGGGACUCAUUGAGGACCUCAAGAACGCUCCCGAGAAGUCCAUUGUCCUCCUCCACGCCUGCGCGCACAACCCGACGGGUGUUGACCCUACGCAGGAGCAGUGGAAGGAGAUCUCAGAGGUAGUCAAGGCAAAGGGCCACUUCCCCUUCUUUGACAUGGCUUACCAGGGCUUCGCCUCGGGUGACGUUGACCGCGACGCAUUUGCGCUGCGUCACUUUGUGGCCGAGGGACACCAGGUUGCGCUCAGCCAGUCGUUCGCCAAGAACAUGGGCCUCUACGGUGAGCGAGUGGGCUGCUUCUCCCUCGUCACCGGCUCGCCCGAGGAGCAGAGCCGUGUCGACUCCCAAGUCAAGAUCGUCGUUCGUCCCAUGUACUCGAAUCCGCCCGUGCACGGCGCUCGUAUUGCGGGCACGAUCCUCAACGACGCACAGCUCUACCAGCAGUGGUUGGGUGAGGUCAAGGGGAUGGCAGACCGCAUCAACGGGAUGAGGUCGACGCUCAAGAACUUGCUCGUCAAGGAGCUCGGCAACAAGAACAACUGGGACCAUAUCACCAACCAAAUCGGCAUGUUUGCCUUCCUGGGUAUCACGCCCGAGCAGGUGCAUGAGCUCUCCACGAAGCACCACAUCUACCUGACGAAGGAUGGUCGUAUCUCUGUUGCGGGUAUCACUGACCACAACGUGCGCCACUUGGCAGAGUCGCUGCACAAGGUCACU